GUAAACAACAUGGCGGAGUUAUGGACCCCCACCUCCCCACUUCACGGUCCAUUGAUCGAUGGCGUACACGAUAUAAAAGCAUGCUCACGAAGCUGGAAACAGCACAACACGGUUGCUGUUUUAUUUAGCUUUUGAGGUAUCGAUUUAAGGAAAAGGCUUGUCUUCGUCUUUUCGUCGUUUUCUUGCUUCGAUGUAAAAGCCUCGGGACUCUACGACGCUUUAGGAGCUCAGGUACCGACGACAACUACCCGGGAUAUCCUUACUCCCACCCACUUGGAACUCGAGACAGCCAUGUUGAAGGCGGGAGGCAGUCAUAAACAAUCGCGGCUCUUGCAGCUUCGCGAAGAAUACCAGCAGCGCAUGCUAAAGGAGAAGGAGGACAAGAUUAUCCACAUGUACGAGGAGAGCCAGCGCCGUGCGCACGACCGCGCCGAGCGGGUCACCAAAGGUCACUCGGCCAACGCCUACCCCAACUCAAGGCUUCAGCAGCCGGGACUCAUCCAGCAACAGUACCAACAGCAGCAGCAGCAGCAGAUGCAGCAGCAGCAGAUGCAGCAGAUGCAGCAUGGGCAACCCGAACCCACCCAGUCAUCUGUCCGCGACUUCUUCCGGGAGAGGCGGGAGAUGGAGGCCAAAGGGGGUUUCGUGCCACCCAUUGAGCAGCACUUUAAGCGCGCAAGGAACAGCCUGCGGGGGAACAGCGGCCGCAAAGGCAGCGCUGGGGUAGAUAGGAGCCAGCCGCUUGCCCCCAUCCAGCAGAGACACAGUGCCCCGGCCGACACCCCCUUUGGCAGCAGCAAGCCGCGCCUGGUCAAACCACGCGGCAACCUGCGAGAUGACAACAACAACGAAACGGACAAAACUGCAGACGUCUCCGGCAACCCUCAGCCCAGCAUCGUCGAUCCUCGUUCUCGGAGCGCUGUCAAGAAAGCAUCACCAACGCCCAGCGGUGGCGUUGGUGGCGGCGUUGGCACCAGCAAGCGUUCUUCCGGGGCGAGGGAAGAAAAGCUGUCGGAUUUUCAGAAAUGGCAGCUGCAGCAGGCGAAGGCGAGGGAAGAGAGGCUGAAGAAGUUGAACACUCGAGUUCCUCAGAGCGGGCGCGACUCAGAAGGGUUUAGCCAUCGCGUGCAAGAGGAGGGAGAAGAAGAAGAGGAAGACGACAUUGCGAGGAAAGAAAGAGAACUCGUGGAGAAGAUAUCGAGGCAACAGGCAGAGCUUGACCUCCUCAAGAAGGAGCGCGAGCUGGAGGAGGAACAAGAAAGACAGGAAACUGAGCGGCAACGCCGUCAAGAGGCGGUCGAGAGAGAGCGGCGGCGUCGACGAGAGCGGCAGGAGGAAGCCAGACGAAAGAGAGAGGAGGAGGAGGAGGCGCAAGCCAAACACGAAAAUGAGUUCGAGGAGGAAGAAGAGUCCCAGCGUGCUGUGCGCACAGGCACGCGCUCCCAUGCCCCCAGAGACCGCAACUCCAAGCAACAAGACUUUAGACCAUCCGCCGGCGUUGGCGACUCGGCGAGGGGAGCUCCCGAAGCCCCACGCAAGCCGGCUCCUUUCCAGACCCGACCACCUCCUCAGGCCCAAAGGGGAGAACAGCCAUCACGACCGGAUGCCAGUUCCGAGAGACACGAGUCGCCAGUUCCCGGCCCUGACGUAAGCUUCUACGUCCAGAAGGCUCUGGAGGACGACGCCAGUGGCGAGCGGGUGAAGCUGGUCGCGUGCCGCCUGUGCGGCCGGAAGUUCGCCGAAGACCGCGUUCAGAAACACUUGGAUGCCUGCAAGGUCAGCCAGAAAAAGCGCAAAGUCUUCGACCCUGUGCAGAUGCGAACUGACGGCACGGAAAUGGCCAAGUACGUCAACAGGGGCGACCACAAGAAGGAAACGCCGAAGAAGAAGAACUGGCGGAGGGAGCACGAAAGCUUCCUGGAGUCUGUACGCUACGCCAAGAAGGUCACCAAGCUGGAACAGCAGGGCGUGUCGGCCAAAGACCUGCCACCUCCACCUGUCUCCCACAACCCGGACCUUGUGCCGUGCCCACACUGUGGCCGCACCUUCAACGAGACGGCCGCCUCGCGCCACAUCCCCAGGUGCAAAGACCUCAAGACCAAACCGGCGCCCAUGCGCCGUUAGGGGUUGCCUGGGUCGCUGACUUUACACACACAAAGGUCGCGAGACAAUUGCUUGGGAACUAGUGUCGUGACUUGUAAGAAAAAAGUUUCUUCGACAUCAUCCUAAAUCAAACCAUUUUAAAAACGCGGGAAGGACUUUGACACUAGUUCUGCAGAGUUGGAAGAUGGUACUUAAUUAAUAAGUGAUAUUUGUUACCCGUGGAGUCGGUUCUUUUGAACCUUUCGACAGAGAGCGUUGAGAGAGAGAGAGAGGAAAAAAAAACCAAACAAACACGACCGUUGCUUGAAGUCGUAGGAGGUCAUGCUCCGUUGUACGUUGGGAUAGCAGCAGGAAGUCAAGGGCGGGACUGCGGGAGUAAUCAAUGGUCAAGAUCGAUAACAGCUCAAUUAGGUAUUUUUAUCAGCUAGUCAUCAUAGGCAGUCGCACCAAACCGUUCUGAGACAAGAUCGCAGCUAGAAAUUCGCAAGUAAAAAAAAAUUGUUAUUGACAAUUCGUGGACAGUAUCAUUCACACCUGAUUCCCUCACUUAGUCCCUUCGUAUUUCAACGCACUUUGACCCAUCGAGUGUUAUGGACAGACACCGCCCAUCCAUUUUCGGCGUCACAAAAGAAUGGGAAAAUACAUUUUCUGAUAAUUACAAGCUGAAAGCGUAUCCAUGGACUCGCUUUUCAAAGACAUCCAUUGAUGCUAUAAUAAACUGCGUUGGCACCUGAGCACAUGGUUGUCAUCUUCGCCAUCUCGCCAUGCCGGAGCCAGUCUUUCUUAGCAAUAGAUCAUUAACAAGUUUAGAAACAUCUCUCGUAGACGGACAGUUGUUGCCUAAUGGUGUUGACUGAAUGGUACACAUUCCUAUUUCGCCGACUCUCCAAAUCGAGAUUUGUCUCUGUCGAGGUAAAAAUCGGGGGUAAAUGCACUUUUAAUUAUAACAGAACACAUGUUGAAACGCUGUUUGUAUUCACUUGGAAAAGUAGACGAUGCUCCAAGAGUGGUCACAGUUGCAAACUUUAUUUUCACGAAGUUUUCUGCAUACUUAAUGAAAUUUUUUGAACAUUUCGUGAUGUUUACAGUACCUUUACAAAUACUGUGAUAAACAGAAUUUUUGGUCACUUGUGUGGGCGAGUAUUUGUGUUUGAGGGAGAGAAGACACCUAUAGAAGAUAAAAGCGAGAGACUGAGGACUGGAAAUGAAAGAAAUCGAAAGGGUAGAAGUGUGUUUUGUGUGUAACAUGCUGUGUAAUGUCAAAUAAUGUUCAGCUAAAGCAUACUGUGUGCUUAGUAAGCCAGUGGAGCAUGUAGCUCAUUCAUCAGGCCUAAUGGAAACUGGACUCCAAGUCCUCCCCACUACUAAGCUACAUGUAUCAGCUUGUCCUCUUCCAAAGAAAAGAUCAAUGGGUCGAGAAGAUUCAUAUUGCAUUGACAGUUAUUUUUCUCGAAAUUGCAGGACAUGUUUCACGUGUUUUUAUUUAAAAUGAAACGAGAUGCCUGUAUCAAACUGUACAUACGUAACCAGUUUGAGAAUAUAGACUGAUAUUUCUUGGUACCAAAUUAUUUACACCUAGUUUUAACGAAGAAGAUGUAAAUAUUCCUAGUAACAAAAAAGAUCCAGCUAUGUUGACAAUGUUCCUCAUAUAACUUUGGUGAAUGUGCUUUAGUAUAUAUGUACACAUAUGCACAUACAAAUAAGCUUAUGUAUAAUUCAAUUGCGCUUUUUUUGUCUUGAGUAAAAAAAAUAACAAGCUAUUUGGAAAUUGAAUUUUAGCAUAAUUUAGUUUCUAAUCGAGGAUACAAAUAUGAUAAAGACACCUCUCUUAAGUUUAACUUCUGUUUUUCAAGACUAAAUAGUACAAACCUUUCUUCAUCCAACCGAAUAUACCGUAAACUUCGGUCUAUUGAGAGCACCUGUUUAUAAGCCACACCAACUAAAUUUUUGUAAUUUUUUUUUCACAAAUAAGCCGCAAGUACAUAAACUUGAAAGUUGCUUUGUACUCAUUUCGUCUCGUUUUCGGCAUGAUGAUGGUGUGCUUCUGCAACUGGUAUGAAUGCUUCAAUCAUAUGCGGCUUUGAUUUUAAAAUGUGAACAGUUAAUACUGUAACAACUUUAACAGUUAACACUUUAACAUGGUGCUCAUCGAAAAAUUGAUCGGAAUCUGAAAAAUCCACAAACAAGCCGCAUCGCUGUGUAAGCCGAAGGAUUUAAAGCUUGGGCCAAAAGUUUUAUAUAUACUCCAAAAUUUACGGUGCAUACAUGGUGCCAGGGUAAUUAAACUAUUUAUUUAUUUAGUAUAUUCAUAUAAUCUUUAAGUUGUCAUUAGUCAUUGUGGCUGACAUGGAAUUGAAUGAAAAAUGCAAGCCUAUAAAAACAAUAACAAGUUCUGAGGAGAGAAAGAUGAUAUAUUGGAUGCUUAUUUUACUGUAUUUUUGUACAACGAUGUUAUCAUUGACUGUGGCUACAUGGAGAUGCAAUAGAAAAAUUCAAACUUAUAAAACAAAUAAUGAGAAGCUAGAAAAAAAGCUUUGAACUGUGAUGCCACACGGACAUGCGCAGACGCGCGUUAGCGCUUCAUCAGUUGAAAGCCAUGCACUGUCUCUCGGUGUUUUCUGUUGAGUUUAAAUCAUUCUGGGAGCCACCUUUAUUUACACUUUUGUGUACUUCUUUACUACCAUGUUUUGUAACAUCAAACUGUGACAACUUUGAUCCAAAGCUAUGAAGACGCUGUGUUAGAGAAACUGCUCAGGUGCAACUAUAUUUUUUGUUCUGACAAAGUUAAAAAAAAAAAAGAAAAAAAAGACAGAUCACAUCCCAGCUUCCACCCAACAAAGAACUGCAAUAUUUACUUUGAGUCUUCAGCUCAUGAGAUUAUUAUUAAUUUCAUUAUAUAUCGCGGUGAUCAUCAAUUACACUGUCAUUUGCUGUGUGUGCUGAUGCGAUUGAACACUAUAAUAGCUUUUCACCCUUCUGGCACGAUGGCAUCAGUGUUGUGGAAUGAAAUGCUCCGUUGACGUUUAUUAUUAUGCUUGAGAACAUUAAAAUAUUAUAGCUUAUUA